AUUUCUAAUUAAUUCUCCUUUUUAGGCAAGUUCAAGCAAUGGGGAAACACGGAUUCAUGACACCGAAAGCGAUAGGCAACAGAAUAAAAUCGAAAGGUUUGCAGAAACUAAAAUUCUAUUGUCAAAUGUGUCAAAAACAGUGUCGAGACGAGAACGGAUUUAAGUGUCACACUUUGUCUGAGUCCCAUCAACGCCAGCUGCUUCUCUUCGCAGAUAACUCAGACUCUUAUCUCGAUCAGUUUUCUUUAGAGUUCAAAGAUGAGUAUGUUGGUUUGUUGAAAAGGCGGUUUAAUGGUCGUCGAGUCAAUGCGAAUCAUGCGUACCAAGAGUACAUCGCUGACCGAGAACAUAUUCAUAUGAAUUCAACACAGUGGGAGACUUUAACUGAAUUUGUUAAAUGGCUUGGUCGAGAGGGUAUUGUGAAGGCUGAUGACACAGAGAAAGGUUGGUUUGUAACUUACAUAGAUAAAGACCCUGAAGCUAUAGCAAGAGCAGAGAAAAAGAACAAGAUGGCAUCAACUGACGAGGAACGACAAGAAAGGUUCCUGUUGGAACAGAUGGAGCGUGCUAAAGCUCACAACACUGAUGCUGGUCCAUCUGUAAGCACAGUGCUGCAAAGAGACGAAGAGAGUGAGGAAAAGGUGGUGUUUGCUAUGCCCAAAUCUAUCGGACCCAGGAAACUAAAAGUGGAACCUGUGAUAAAAAAUAAUGCUUUGCAGGUUGAUAGUGAUAAAGUAAGUAAUCACAGCAGCAAGCCAAAAAAGAGUGGCGAGAAGAAGAGGUCUGCUAUAGAAGAGCUGAUGGCUGAAAAUGAGGCGGGAAAGAAGCGGAAAAAGAAGAAAGACUCCUGGCUUGCUGAAAACAUUGUAGUAAAAAUUGUUGCUAAGGAUUUGGGAAAAGAUUUCUACAAAGCAAAAUGUGUUAUCGAAGAAGUAUUUGAUACAUACGGUGCUAAAGUGAAAGUCAUAAAAACUGGAAAGAAGGUGAAAUUAGAUCAGUCUCAUUUGGAAACUGUCAUACCCCAAGUUGGCAGAAAGAUUCUUGUCUUAAACGGUGCCUACGAGGGCUCCAGGGCAAUUCUUGAUAAACUGAAUGUUGACGACUUUACUGUGGACGUGACUAUUGGUUCAGGGGUUUGCAAAGGGAGGACGGUUACUGAUAUUCCUUAUGAGGAUGUGUCGAAGUUGUAUACAAAUGACUGAGUAUUUAGUGUAACUAUAAUCACGUAUUUCAUCUGAGCUGGUCGAUUUUCAAUUGAUUCAGACAUUAGUUGUCAUACUGGGAUUCAUCCGAUUGAGUGAGUUAAUGUUCCUACAUUAUAGAAUUAAUUAAGCUAAUUUACAAGCACAUGGGUAGAUAUGAUUUUAUUUCUUUGUCCCGGACUUUAUAACACAGAAUUUCUAAAUUUUGA